AACGUCUCUCAUCUCGGCCUCCUCUUUGCAGAACUAUUCCCGGAGCUGCAAUUCUAUCUGUGUAGUUAUGCUUGGACUUGGCUUUCCUCUCAAAUUUGUUGGCCUCAUCAUGGAAUGCAUCAAUUCAGCUUCAUCCUCUAUCUCUGUUAAUGGGAACACACAUGGGUUCUUUAAGAUCAGGCGUGGCCUUCGGCAGGGUGACCCUAUGGCUCCCACUCUGUUCAUUUUCUGCAUUGAGUACUUGUCCAGGUUGCUCAACACCAAGACCAAGGAAGGAUCCUUUCAUUUCCAUAAGAAUUGCUCAGAGUUGGGUAUAUCCCAUUUGGCUUUUGCAGAUGACAUUUUGUUAUUUGUUAGAGGGAUGCUAGUCAGGAUAUCCUCCAAUUGGCUAACUUCCCUAGAGGUGAACUUCCUGUCAGAGCUGAUUAGAGCAGUGAUUCAGGGGGUGGAAUCAUUUUGGCUCCAAGCCUUCCCAAAUCAGAAGACUGUGCUUAACCGUAUUACUACUCUAUGCAGAGACUUCCUGUGGGGCAGCAAGUUUGCUAAAGUGGCAUGGGCUGACAUUUGUAAACCCAUAAAUGAAGGGGGUCUGGGCUUGAGGGAUGCUGAAACUUGGAAUAAUGCUCUUCUGUGUAAAGCCUAAUGGAACAUUGCUGCGAAAAAGGAUUCACUUUGGGUGAUUUGGGUUCACACGGUUUAUCUGCGCAAUGAAUGUGUGUGGGUGUG